AUGAUGUCGUAUCUCAAGCAACCACCUUACACGGUCAACGGGCUGAGUUUGACCACGUCCGGGAUGGACCUGCUGCACCCGUCGGUCGGGUACCCAGGUGGGUUUGUUUCCCUACCGACAGCAACUCCACGCAAGCAGAGGAGGGAACGAACGACGUUCACCCGGGCCCAGCUCGACGUGCUGGAGGCCCUGUUUGCCAAAACUCGCUAUCCGGACAUUUUCAUGCGGGAGGAGGUGGCGCUGAAGAUCAACCUGCCCGAGUCCAGAGUACAGGUGUGGUUCAAGAACCGAAGGGCCAAAUGUCGCCAGCAGCAACAGCAGCAGCAGAAUGGCGGGCAGAACAAGGUGCGACCGGCCAAAAAGAAAAGCUCGCCCACCAGAGAGGUGAGCUCGGAGAGCGGGGCGAGCGGCCAGUUCACACCCCCCGCCAGCACCACCACCGUCCCCGCCAUUUCCACCAGCACCACCGCGCCGGUGUCGAUCUGGAGCCCGGCGUCCAUCUCUCCGCUGUCCGACCCGCUGUCUACCUCCUCCUCCUGCAUGCAGAGGUCCUAUCCGAUGACCUACACCCAAGCCUCGGGAUACAGCCAGGGCUACGCCGGCUCAACGUCCUACUUCGGCGGCAUGGACUGCGGCUCUUACCUUACCCCCAUGCACCACCAGCUGUCGGGCCCCGGCUCGACCCUCAGUCCCAUGAGCACAAACGCCGUCACAAGCCAUCUGAACCAGUCCCCGGCGUCCCUCCCCGCCCAGGGCUACGGGGCGUCGGGGCUGGGCUUCAACUCCACCGCAGACUGCUUGGAUUAUAAGGACCAGGCGGCGUCGUGGAAGCUGAACUUCAACGCCGACUGUCUGGAUUAUAAGGACCAAACCUCCUCGUGGAAAUUUCAGGUUCUGUGA